AAAAAAGAAGAAAAAAUGCAAAAAGUAUACAAUGUUGGAUUAGGUAACAUUAUUGGAAAUGGUCUACUUGCAGGUUUCGUUGGUGUAACUGUGAUGACUAUUGGAGAAAAGAUAGAGCAAUGUAUUACGGGUAGACCUAGCUCAUAUGUACCAGGACAUACGCUCGAAAGAUUACUUGGACUACCACAGAAGCCUGAUUCAGAGCGAUUUUUACUUAAUCAUACCAUGCAUUUUGGACAGGGGAUGAUAGCAGGAUGUAUUAGAACGUCCAUGGCAGUUUAUGGAAUUCAAGGACCCGUAUCAUCUUUUAUCUUCACGUUUAUCCGUCUCUUAAUUGAUCAAACUCUCGAAAAUGUCACAGGUGUUGGUGCCUUACCUUGGACAUGGCCAUGGAAUGAACAAGUGAUCGACAUCUUACAUAAAGCAGUGUAUGCUUUUGUCACUGGUGCUGUAUCAGAUUACUUGAUAUCACGAAAUUAUCCUCAUAUCAAGCGAGACUAA